GGAGCAUAGAUUUUUGAAAUUUUAAUGCAUACGUAUAACACAUUGUUGUCCUUUAAAACUGAAAAAAAUAAUUGUUCUCCAUAGUAGUUUAUUACUUAAUAGUACCUAAUGGUAAUUUAUUAGUAAUAGUAUUUAAUUUCAAAGUUGUUGUACGAUACGAUCUGUAUUUUACAAAAAAAACGAGCAGAUAAAGAUUUCCUUCUGUUCAUUUUGUUAUCGCGUCGCCUAUGAGCUGUUAACUCCGGUAAUUAACUAACUCGAAUUGAGUUAAAUCGGUUUUAACGGUGCGUGUAACCGUAAUAAUUGUAACCGUAGUGGCGUAGUAUUAGCACAGAUUAUAUUUUUCAUAUAUAUAUGGUGGUAAUAGAUUAAAUUACAAAUAUUGAUAUAAAUUAUGAUAAUAGAUAUGAUAUAAAUCUGAUGUUAUAAUUAUUAACUGAUAACGCAGCCAACAAUUUUCCUGCAAUGAGAUAAUCGUAUACACUUAUCUAUGGUGUUCACUGGUCAAGCCUAUCGAUUCAGUCGUCGCUCGUCAUUCACCAAUUCAUAUUGUGUUCUGUUUAAUUCAUUGAUAUUUACUACGUUCAUGACAACUUAUAAGUAUAGUUGUUCAUGUUUAUUAUUCAUUUGAUGUUUUUGGGAUUUUCUGUUGAACGGCUGCUAUUGAUAGUUGACCUUGGUUUGUCAAUCUAGGUAUGUAUUUUUGUCAUUUUUAAAUUACCUUGGUAUAUUUUCAUUAUUAACUCUUGUUUUGUGUUUUUUAAUUGUUUUUGACGUAAUAUGUUCUAUUGCUAGACAAUUGCGGUUACACGUAUGUCGCACGAACAUGCUGUUAUUAAUUUACGAACCCAAUCUAAAUAAACAAUAGUCAUUUAAAUAUUUUCAUUUUUGUCAGUAUAUACACUUUAAGUUGUCGAAAAUUUUAUUGGUUACCCAUUUACCUAGUUCUAACGAAUUUGAUUAACUUAUUGUAUCAGGUUACUUAUAUCGUUUUGUAGGUAGGCCAAUAUUUUUAUUAAAUACAUUAAUUUAUGUUAUUUAUUUAAAAAUAUAAUCAUACAUAUGGUCUGUGAAAAAUAUUUGUUGAUAUUUACUUGAUAAGCUAGUACAAAUUGGGAAUCUUUAUCUCAUAUUUAUUUGCAUUUCAUGCGACAACAAUCUUCAAACAAAUUGCAUACUUAUUAUUAUGACGUAAUUUUUUGUGUAUAUUAUUAUUUUUAUCAUAGAAAACUACAUCCUAUAUUUGUCAAUUAUUGUGCAAUAAGUUUUUUUUUCAUUUCUAUUUUCCUACUUGGUUGAAGAUUUUGGAAUAUACACAAUGGAGCUUGGUGACUUACAAAGCAAUACAUCUAUAAAAGAUAAAAGAUGUAAUGAAGUUGAACUUCCAGAUUUGUAUUCAAAGUAUGUGGUUUAGGAUACAUAAUAUUUUAAUGUUAUGAUUUAUCAUUGCUUUUAAUAUUUUUUUUAUUUUAUAAAUUCGGACACAUCCUACUAUUAUAAGUAGGUUACCUAUGUAGUUUUAUCAAGAAUCAUACAAAUAUUUUACACCUACCAUAUACCUUGGAAUAUUUUCCCAAUAAAACAAUUUAAAAUUGAAUAUUAAUCUAAGUAGAUAUUUCUUAUUUUUAAUUUUAGAACUAAUAAAUUUGUUUAAUAAAGUAGAUAAUAAUAAACAUUUUUUAAUUUCAAUUAUAUUAAUUAUAUUAGUUAUAUACAACCUACUUUUAUUUUAUAUAUAAUUACCUAACAUUUGGAAAAAUUAAUAUUUACUAUAUUUAAAUAUUUUAUUGUUCGCACUUAAUUUUGAAUAAAAUGAAAAGUAUUUAGAUCCAACUGAAGUCUGUGACUUAGUUCAUUCUAUUAUAUAUAUAAGAAGUAAAAGGACUAUUUAACAAAUUAGGUUUUUUUUUGCAAUUAAUACUAGAGCUUUGCAAUAAAGUUUUUAUAUUUUAUUCUUUUACUUUACAACUAAAAAUUAAAACAAUUAUAUUUUUUUAUAAUCAAGAUUUUAUAAAUUAAUUUUUAAAAUUUAAAUAAAUUCAAAUUUUUUCCUAAUUUUACUUACGAUAACUUAUAAACAUUUAUCAGAUUCAUAGCUUAAAUUAAUAUGAAAAGGAUAUUAUCAAAUUGUAAAAUAUUUCAUGGAAAAAUCUAAUUAACCAUUUGAAACUUUUAUAAAUAUUUUUGGUCACCAAAACAGUUAUUACAUUUGUCCUUAUACGCUCUGUGUAUGAAAAAAUGUGGGGUUUAUUUGAUGUGAAUUUAGAUUUUUACUAUAUACACUUUUUAUAAUUGAUAUUAUGAUUAUUUAGGUAUAUUGAUGAUUUAAUUCAAUUUUUUAUUUUCAGAAAAUACUUUAAAAUGUGGCUGAAAAUAAAAGUACUCUUGUGGAAAAGCUUACAAUUACGAAAAAGACAUUGGUUUAUAACUAUUAUAGAAAUAUUAAUACCAUGUUUAUUAUUUUAUUUUAUGAAUUAUUUAAAAUCGAAGUUUUCUCCUGGUGGAAUGACUCCAGAAGUUAUAAAUCAAACUAUACCAGAACCUACUCCUGAAUCAAUGUUAUAUGAAGAAUUUAUUAGAGAUCAUUCAUCAGCAUAUUUUAUCUAUACCCCAAAAACAAAUGAAACUGACCAAAUUAUGAAAAUAGUAAAAGAAAAAUUGGAUAUUGAUUCACAUGACAUUCAUUCAUCUUUAAAUGAGUAUGACAUGAUUCAAAAAAUCAAAAAGAAAUUUAAAAAAAAUAAUGUUACUUCAAUGAACAUGGAAAACAAAAAAGCAUUUGGCAUUGUAUUUGAAGAAAUUAAAAAAUCCCAAAUUUUUAAAUACAAAAUAAGAAGUUCAGAAGAUUUAUGGUUGACAGACUAUUUGUUUCCUCCAUUUGAAUUACCUGGACCUAUGGAUUUUGGAAGCGUAUACUUACACCAGGGUUUUCUCGCAUUGCAAUUGGUUUUAGACAAAGCAUUUAUUGAAUUGGAUCACUCAAAUAACCUAAAAUUUGAAUUAAAAGAUUAUAAUUUGGCUAUUCAGUCCUAUCCUUAUGCAAAAUUUAUAAAGGAUUCAUCCUUUCAAAUAAUAUUUCAAAUUUUUUUUCCAUUAUUCACAGUUUUAAGUUUUUUAUUAAUGUGUUCUUAUACAAUAAAAAGAAUUGUUGAAGAAAAAGAUUCUGGUGUUAAAGAACUAAUGAAAAUGAUGGGUCUUAAAUCAUGGAUGAUAUGGACUGGAUGGAUAUUACACAACUUGUUAGUGUAUGUUAUAUCAAUUACAGUUAUCACUUUUAUUUGUUGUUUCGGAGUAUAUGGUGAUGAAGGAAAAUUAUUAAAUUAUACUAAUCCAUUACUCUUGUGGAUUUUUCUUGUAAUGUAUUUAAUUGCUGGUAUAUUUUUUUGUUUCGCAAUUAGUAGUUUUUUUAAUCGACCAUUAAUUGCUUUAAUUUCUGGUAGCAUGGCGUGGAGCCUUUCCUACACUAUACCAACGAAUAUAAUUAAAUCCACAACUAACAUUUUUAUCAAAACAGUUUUUAUGUUACUUCCAAAUUUUGCAGUAUUAAAUGGUUUCAUAUCUAUAUCUGCACUUGAAUCUCAAGGCAAAGGUCUUCAAUUUUCAACCUUGUUUACUACUGGGAAAGGCAGUGACAGUUAUUCUGUUGGUUUUGUUUUAUUUAUGUUUAUAAUUGACUGUGUCUUUUAUGGAUUUAUUGCUUGGUAUAUAGACUCAGUAAUGCCAGGAAAGUAUGGCAUCUCAAAACCAUUAUAUUUCUUGUGUAAUUGGUCUCAAAAUAAAACUGAAUCUAAUCCAAUGGUAUCAAUUAGUAAAAGCAGUAGUAAACUUUUUGAAAAACCUCCGGAUGACUAUGAAGUUGGAAUUAGUGUACAGAAUUUACAUAAACAUUUUGGAAAUUUUCAUGCAGUUAAUGGUGUUAAUUUAGACUUGUAUAAAGGACAAAUAACUGCCUUGUUAGGUCAUAAUGGUGCUGGAAAAACAACCACAAUGUCCAUUAUUACAGGUAUUUUUAAUUUUAAUCAAUAUCUUUGAUAAUUUAUUAAAGUUGUACCUAUAUCAACUAAUUUAUAAUUUUAUAGGGUUAUUUUCUCCAUCAUUUGGAAGUGUGAAAGUUAAUGGGAAUGAUUUAUUUAGUAAUAUUGAUAAAUUCAGAGAAAAUCUUGGUUUAUGUCCACAACAUAAUUUACUUUUUUCUUACUUAACAUCACUUGAUCAUUUAAUAUUUUUUGGAAUGGUUUGUAAUACCUAUAACUUUUUAAUAUUAACUUAUAACAUGAUAACAUAAUUUUUACAUUUGUUUUAGCUAAAAGGAAUGCCAUUAUCUGAGGCCAGAACAGAAGGUUUAAAUUUACUUAAACUUUUAAAUAUAUUACAAAAGAAAAAUGAAUUAGUUAGUGCUCUUUCUGGAGGAAUGAAAAGGAAGUUAUCUCUUGCAAUUGCAUUAAUUGGAAAUCCUGAAGUAAAAAAUAUACUACAAUAUCGUUAUCGUAUUUUAAAUGUAUAAAUUACUAUAGAUAAUAUUUUAUUGUUUGUUUAUAGAUAUUAAUCUUAGAUGAACCAACAUCUGGAAUGGAUCCUGAAUCACGAAGAGAAAUGUGGGAUUUACUUUUGGUAAUAUUUUAUUAUUCUUAAUAUAUUAGGUUAUUAAUUAAAUUUUGGUAUGAUUUAUUGAAUUAAUGUUUUCCCUAUACAGUACACACAAAAACCAAUUAGUAUAUUACUAGUGCUUUAAUAAUGUGCUUAACACCAUUUAGCGCCCUAUAAUCAUCAUUGAUAAAUUCUUAAUUCUCGGUGCAUAUAGAUGAACUCUAUUUGAUAUUUGGUCUGUGUUGUUAUAGGAUAUAAAAUAUAAUAUGUACAAUAUGUGUUUCACUUAAAUGGUAAUACAAAAUAUUUCUAUUCAGUGACCUCAGAUUAAAAUGGGGUUUUUAAGAGAAAAUAGAAAAUACUGAAAUAUAUUUUUUAUAGAUUUUCAAAUUUCUUACCCUUUUAGCGUGUGUACGUGCAAUAAACCUUAUAUUUUUUUGCAAAUGGAAACACCUAUUUUCAACACUAGAUUUGGAUAAAUUUUUUUUUUUUUUAAGCAACUUGACGAUGGUCAACAAGCCACCAGAAGACUGAUUAUACAGUACAACAGCUCAGUUGGGCAUAGUGGGGACUUUGUGAUCAGCCCUAGGUCAUAUCUAUAGAUUAGGCUUAAGUUAGCAUUUACAAGGAAAUGAUGGAGGUUACUUCAUUCAACCCACACCUUGGUCUUAAUUAUUAUUUUUAAGUUCAAUGUGAAUUUGCCCUGUGAAUGGGAAAGUAGAAUUUUAACAUAUCACUUAAUUAUAUUUAUUAAUAAAUGAUGGUAGCAGUGGGGAAGUAUUAUUGAAACAGAUCCCUCACUGCUGUUGGUGUUAAUAGGGAAAAAAAGGACACAUAACUACAUGGACAUUUAAAAAACAUGGUGAUGGUUAAAAAUAUCAAUAAUUUAAAUUAAAACUUUGACAAGCUUUAAUUCGUCCCCAAUUUUCAAGUUCAGGGAAAAAUUUAAUUCUGUAAAUUGCUUAAAAAAAAAAUCAUCCAUACCCCCAAAUGUAGUGUUGAAAAUAGUUGUUUCCAUUUGGAAGUUGUCCGUAAAAUAUGGAAAUAGCUGCUCAGCCAAGACUGAGCUUUAUAGACAGCUCGUCAGAGUAGUGACUAGGACAGCCAAGCUUCAUGUUAAUGUUACCAAAUCCUGCUUAACAGCGUUCCUCGCAUCCGCAGCACCUUGGAAACCUAUUUUACGGAUAAUCCUCAUAUAUCAUGUUAGUAAUAAUGAAUAUAAGGCAAAGUGUUUAAAAUGAUUAAAUCUAUUAUUAAUCAAAAUUACUAUAUGUAUUUAUUAUUAUAAUUUUGAAUGCUAUUGAAUAUAAUUAAUAAUGAAUUAUAAUUUUUAAAAGUACAAUCAUUUUUACUUGACGGUUUUAUAUACAUUUUUAUUUCUAUUAGUCUUUCAGAGGAUCUAGAACUAUAUUGAUCACUACACAUUUUAUGGAAGAAGCUGAUGUACUUGGUGAUAGAAUUGCAAUCAUGGAUCAUGGACAAGUUAAAUGUUACGGGACAUCUUUAUUUUUAAAAAAUGCUUAUGGUAUAGGUCAAAUAUAAAUUUUAACUCUUUUUAUUAACUAAUAGUAAAAUGUUUUAAAAAUAAAAAGGAACUGGCUAUAAUUUGACAAUUGUAAAAGAAGAACCAUGUUCCGAGUUAAAAAUUAUGUCAGCAAUAAAAGAAAUAAUACCAGAUGCAGAAGUUCAGAGUACAUUGACUGCUCAAAUGAUUAUUAAUUUACCGAAUGAAACAUCAGAUCAAUUUCCCGAUCUAUUUAGAAUGUUGGAACUAAAUAGAGAAGAAUUCUGUAUUAAAGGAAUGGGUAUAUCUUGUACAACAAUGGAAGAAGUUUUUUUAAGGUAAUUACUAAUUAUAAUAUUUGUAGUUCAUUAUAAUGCUGAUGAUAAACAAUCUGAACUAUUAUUUUGAUUCCUCCAACGAGUAUUUUACCUAACUUUUGUUUUCUAAAAAAAUGUAACGCUCAAUAUAAAUAGUGUAACUAAGACUUAGAAGUAUUUCAAAAUUAGAAUUUGUUUUAAUCUUAUUCUCAACAUUUGUAAAAAAUUAGUUCCUAUAGUUUUCAUUGUAGAAGUUAACUUGUUUAAUUUAUUUUCCAGAAGUUGUUUGAUAGUAUUUAUAAUAGCAGAUUUAAAAAAAUAAAAUAAAAAAUAAACAACACUUGAUUGGCUUGUUUUUAACAUAAUAUUUUUUUUUAUUUUAACUUAAUUUAAUAUAAUUUAAUUCAAUUUUAAAUGUAUUUUAGAUUCUAAGUGAAUUUGGAAUGCUAUAAUCAAAAAUUCCCUGGCAUGUUUGAAUUUGUGUGUCAAUUAAGUGUUAAAGAGUACUAUUAUUAUUGGUAUUGGUUUUUGUGACUUCUCAGCACAUCUGUUUUUGUAGAUUUUCUUUCACCUUCAUUUUGACGUAACUGAUAAUUUUUAAACUAUGUUUUUCGUAUUUGUUAAUUUUAAGAUAGGCCAGUUGUACUUAUUUUGAAUUUGUAAUAAAAUCAUCAAAAACGAAAAAUAUAUUUUACAUUUAUAAUUAUCAAAACGAAGAAGGUUAUAGAGAAUCUACUCUAACAAAUUUGCACAAAAGAACUUGAAGAAGUUAGUGACACAAAUCCUACUAUUCUCUGAUGGUGCGUCUAUGUAUAAUUUAAACAGUUAGGAAACCUUUGUUUAGGUUUCCUAACCACACUACGUAUUGGUUUUAUUACAGUAUUAAUUCAGUAAUAUUCAAUAAGCGUGCUUAUCCAAUAUUUUUUGGUUAAAGAUUUUGUGUGGAUUCAAAUUCUGGAUUUUGGAAAUUUUAAUGUAGUUUACUUUAUUUUGACUUAAUUAUUUACUUUCUUAAGAUAUCAUCGUCAACAAUUUUGAGUUACUUUUGAGCUUAAACAUUGUGAAAAAUUUCAAUAUUCAAAAUUAUACACUUAAAAAUUCCACAAAUCAGAAUUUGAGUGUAUGCAAAAUUUAACCAAAAAUAUGGGGUAAACACCCUUGGUGAAUCAUCCUGUUAAUAUAUAUAUAUAUAUAAUUUUGACCAGAAGAAUUUCCAAUUGUCAUUGAUGGAUGAUGGUAACAUUUUUGAUCCAGUGAGAUUUUUUUUUUAUAAAUGAGAAAAUGACAAAUUUACACUUUUUUUUUUAGUUUAAUAAAAAAAAAAAAUCCUUUUACGUAAUAUUUGGCCCUUGAGUUUAUUAGUUUUAUUUUGUUAUUUAUUUUGUUUUUAUUGAUGUUAAAAUUGUUUUGUCUCUGAAGAAAAUCUUGAAAUCUAUUAUAAAAAUAAUAAUAAAAUAAUAAAGUAAAAAAAAAUUAUUUAAAUCAUUAAAAUGGUUAAUACUCGUAAAUAAAUAUAGAAAUAAAAAAUGUAUAUGUAUAAAAAUAAAAUAAAUAAAUGAAUUAAUAGUUUGAAUCAAUAAAUCAAUAUGUCUGAUGAUGAUACUGAUUAUAUCUUAAUACUCCAGGCAACUCAUUGAUUCAUUUAUUUAUUUUAUUUUUAUACGUAUACAUUUUUUAUUUAUAUAUUUAUUUACUUUAUUUAAUAAAAAAAAAUACUUAUGAAACUAAACUUAAGUAUUAAUGUUUGAAAAAUGUUGAUGAAUUUGGUUAUUUUAACAAUUUUUCAUUAAAAAAUAAUCCAAAAAGGUAAUUCUUAAAAUUUGUAGUGGAUAAGUGAAGUAUCUCAACUUUUUCUAAAUGUGAUAUAAUUUUGAACUUAUCAUAAGUAUUUAGGAUACUCAAAUUGUUCUAGUUUUUUCAUUAUCCUUUAAUCAAAUGAUUAAUUCUUAUUUUUAAGACUUGAUAUUUUAGUUUUUUUUAAUAGCAAUAUACAAAUAUCCAAAAACCUAUACCCAUAGGCACAAAAUUGUUCAAAAAUAUUGUAUGGCCAAUUGUUUUGAUAAUAUUCGGUAAAAUAAAGAAUGAUUUUGAAUAGUUUUUUUUUUGUUUUUUUUUUUCUAUUAUUAAUCAUUAAUCUAGCAUCUAGUAUUUUAAAUUAAAUAAAUUACCCUAUAUUUUCCCAACGUUUCUUUACAAUCAGUGACUUACCCAUUUAACCAUGGGGUUUAAUUUAUAGUUUGUUCAAUUCUAACUUUUAUAUUGAUUUUGACAUUUUAAUUCAAUAUUAAAUAUGGUUAAAUAUGUACGUUGAUUUUUUUUUUUUUUUUUUUCAAGAGCUGAAAGAAAUAUACUUGAAGAUAAUAAUGAAUUGUCUAUUAACUCGCCAGUAGAUUCUGGUAGUUAUCAAUUGUUUAUAGUCAAACAAGACGGUUUCAAUGUUAUCCAAGUGACCAAUGUAGUUCAACAAUAUGUGCCUGAAUAUACAUUGAUGGUCGAUACUGAAAUUCAAAUUGUAUAUAGCCUACCGGCUAGAAAACGAAAUCAAUUUGGUUUUCUGUAUUCUGCUCUUGAAUUUCAGAAACAAGCUUUUAAAAUAGAUAAUAUUAAAAUAACUAAUCCAACUACAGGUGACAUCUAUCCAAAGUAAUUUGAUUUGAUAUUUGUCUAUUAUACUGUUAUAUGAUUUAACCAUGUACAACUUCUAUUGCUUGUCAUGUAUUUUAUAUAUUAUAUAUAUACCUUAAUAUAGGGUAAAUGAAAACAAUUCAAUAUUAAAUAAUGGUUCUGGUGACAACUAUAACCAGCGGUGAGAAGUUAAUUGCAUGCUUGUUUAUCCAAUAUCUGUUGUUUCUCUCAGAUAUAUUUUAUAUUUCAUAUUGUUUUUGUUGUCAUUGGUUUAAUUAUAAUCACUAAGAGACUAAACAAUAAUAGACUGAGAAAAAACAUUGUAAUAAUCCAAUUUUAAUUUUGACAAAUAAUACUUUUAAUUUGUUUACAUAUUUUCUGCGUUUUUUAAUAAUUACUUUUUUAUUCGCCGUCCAUAAUUAAAUUAAUUUUUUUAAAAAUACAGUAUAUUCAUUACAUAUUAUCCCAGUGUAUUGAAAAUCUAUUUCCUAAAAAAAAAAAAGAAUAGUUAAUUAAGAAUUCAAAAUAAUAAUUGGACGAUCAGGCCACAGUGUAGCGUGUGCACUCAUGCUAAGCCAAUAUUUAUUUAUUAAGCACUAAAUACACAAUGUAACAAACACUAUUUUGCACUCAAAGCCACCUUAUUAAUUUUAAUUCAACUCGAUGUUUUAAUAUCAAUUAUGCUAUAAGAAAUAAUUUAUUAUAUAAGUAUUUAUUACUUUUUAGUAUUUUUAGCACUUACUAUGUGUUAAUUGUUUUGAAUCUUAUAAUUUUUUAGUGUAAAUACUAAUGAGGAUCAUGCAGAUGAAUUAAGGCAGUAUUCUAAUAAUGAUGUAACACAAAGUAAUGAUUUAAAUAUAUUAUUAUUAGAGAUGUGACGAACUGUUGAAAACCAAACUGAAAAUUGCAAAUAAUCGGACCGAGUCAAAUACCCAAUAGUUUUGUUCGAAAUUCAUUCAAUAUCGAUUCUGUGUGGUCACCAAUACAAUGUUCUGUUGAGGGAUAGACAGGAAAGAAAAAUUAUAUUUUUUUUGUAUUAGUGGGUCUCAUAAUCAUAAAUCACGGAGCCAAGCAAUUUGAGAAUCUGGGUUUUUGACCUAAUCUAACCUUUUAACAUUUUAAUUUUAGAGUUCGAUAAAAUAUUUUAAAAAUUCAGAUAAUUUCAAGUUUGAAAAAAAUACAUAGGUUUGGUUCAGUUAGGAUUCAUUAAUUUUAAGUUUGUUCCGACCUUAAAAAUCAGGGUUCGUAAUAUCUCUAAUUAUUAUCAUGCAUUUUUAUUAUUUUAUUAUAUUAUUGCUACUAUAUUGUUUUUGUUUUUAUUAUUUUUAGCAUUAAUGCCAAAGUAUACAAGUGGAAUAAAUUUGUUAAUAAAUCAGUUUAAUGUGCUAUUUAAAAAAAAAGUAUUGUAUUCUUAUAGAAGAUGGCUUUUGACGUUGGUUUUUGUAAGUUGUUACUGUCUGUUGUUUUUUAAUGAAUAAAUAUUAUUUUUUGUUUUUUUUCCAGAGCAUUGGUACAAUUUUGUUAAGUAUAUUGACAAUCCAUUCCACUUAUAAUUUAAUUAGAGUUUCUGAAACUCCUCGUGGAUUGAACUUAGCAUUAAGUACCUAUACAGAUAGCAUUGUUUAUUACCGUAAUGGAGAUUCUUUUCCCGAAAAUUUGGAACCAACAUUUGUACACAUUUCUAAAACAAAUAAAGCAACUGUGAUUGAAUCACUAUCAAAUAGUAAUAUAAUAAAUGGUAUGAAUCAAUUUUGUAAUUGCGAUAAUUUUAAGUUUACUUCAAUAAAAUAAAUUUGAAACUUAUUAAUUUAUAUAGUAUAAUAUAGUAUAGUAUAAAUCAAGUAAUACAAUAACUAAUGUAUCCUCAUAUUCAUAUCAUUUUAAGCAUAAAAUAUUGAAAGUAUUUACUAAUCAAUAAUGAAACUAUAAAAUAAGUUUUGUGACUAAUUAAUAAUUAUUAAAUAAAGCUGAACGAUUUUUCAAACUCCUAUUAAAGAGCUUAGUACAUAAAUAAAGCUAAAAAUAAAAACACAUCCUAGGAUAAUGGGGACAGGUGUAGCCACUGUUAUAGAUAAUUUGAUGUAUAUAUAAGUAACGAUAAACCAUUGCUUAUAAAAAAAAGAUUCUGAGCAGAGUUCAGAAUGAUGCUUUGUCAACAAAAUAUAUAAUUUUAUAGUAAAAUAAUUAAAUAGGCUUUACACAAUUUCUUUAAUAAUAUUUGUAUAAUGUUAUACUGAUAUUUCCAGUUUUCCUACAUUUCCUUUAAAUAUUCUGGAUUUUCACAUUUUCUGAAAAAACUUAAGAAAAUCAAAAAUGAUCUCCCUAAAGUACUUUCCUAGUCAAAUUUCCUUUCAGAAAAAUUGUUAUCUUUAUUAGAUUAGAUAAAUUUUAACUGAUACCUACAUUUCUUAUAUUUUCCCAUUUUUUUUUUUUUGUUUUUAAAAUUUGAUGAGAAAACUCUUGACCACACCGAUUUCCUUUCAGAAAAGAUGCUACAUUUAAAAAAUCUGAGCAAAUUUUCUGGUGAAAAAGAUAAAAAGAUAAAAAAAACACAGAUAAAAAAAAAAAAUAAACAUCUUUGUAAAACUAUAAGCUUUUUCGUUUCACUCAGAAUCUAAAAUAUAAUAUGUAUUGAACUAAUAUAUGCUUAAAUAAGAUCAGAGUUCAGAGUGCUUACAAUUCAGAGAUCAUAUUUAGCAAUAAAUAUUUUUAAUUUAUCCUACCUUUAGUAAUUAAUCAACAAAUAUGUAAUUUAAUUUUUGCAUAUUGACUACGUUUCUGUACACAGAACUUACACACGUCAUACAAUUUAAAACAGUAAUGAAAAUUAAAUAUUUUAUCAUUGCAUGAUGGUGGUUAUAUAUUAUAUUUUUAUCUUCUAUUUACAACUUUUACUUGUGUUUUAGAUCUAUUAGUGGUGUGUAAUGAAGACGUGUUCAAGUAUAGGAACAAUCUUAUGAUAGCUGGUGACUUCAACAGAACAAAUUCAACUGUCAUAUACAAUAAUAUAGCUAUUCACACUCCAGCUGUAGCUGUCAAUCUUUAUACAAAUGCUCUAUUACAAAAAUUUUCUGGAAACAAAGAAGCAUUUAUCUCAACUGUUAACGAACCGAUUCAACUUGAAAUAGCGGUAAAGCAUACAAUUGAUGUAAUUUAUUUUUAUGUUUUAUGAAUUGAGUGUUUAUUUUUAGAAUGUGUGCGAUUCGAGUUUUGUAUAUGAAGUAGUUAUCCUUUGGUUAACUUCUUUCACUCCAGGGCUUCUUUUUUUAACUGGAUACUUUAUGGCUUUGCCGUUAAAUGAAAGAGUGAGUGGUAUAAAACACUUACAAAUGAUGACUAAACUUUCGCCAAUUAUGUAUUGGGCUACAUGUUUCCUUUGGGACUAUUUAUGUUACAUAAUUAUUGUUAUUUUAUCAUUGUCUGCCAUGUAUUCUUUUGACACACAACACAUAUUCACUAGUUCGAAUGAACUUGGUAAGUUUAUAAAUUAUAAAAUGAUUUUGAAACAUUUUUUUACAAAUAAUUUUUUUUUUCUAUAGGUGUUCUUCUAACAUUAAUGCUAAUAUACGGUUGGAGUUCAAUAUUCUUUGCUUAUGUGUUUAGUUUUUUCAGAAAAAAUCUAGUCAGCUCUAUGUUAUUGUUCAUGUCUGUCAACUUUAUAAUAGGUUGUAUACAUAUUUUAUUUUAUGAACUUGAUCACAUGGAUAACAUGUUUUGUAUAAUGUUUUUAGGGAUGAUUGUCAAUAAUGCGUUGUAUUUUAUGAAAGAUUUGCUUAUAAUAGAAAAUUUGAAAACACCUUAUAAUUUUUGGAAUAUAUUAAAGCAUAUAAUUUUUAUUAUUCCCUAUUUCUCAUAUUCAUCAAGUAUUACAGGAUUCAUUGACAUAUCAUGGAAAAACAACAGGUUUAAGGUCUGUAAAUCAUCAAAUAUGGAAGAAGCAAGUCAUGGUUAGUAGUUUAUUAAUAGUUCUAUUUAGUUUAAAAACUGUCUUGAAUUUUUUUUUAUAUUAUUAGGUUCAGUUGAUUCAAAGCAAAUAAAUUAUUUUGAAUUUCAAUCCAAUCAAAAUCCAGAUGGUAUUUUGGAUCAAAUAUUUUAUAUGUUGUCUAGUAGCGUACUGUAUAUAGCCAUCAUUUUAUUGUUCGAUUAUAAAAUAUUUGCUCGUUUAUAUCAAUUGGGCUUUAAUUUAAUUUAUGGCACCGGUGUCGUUUACAAAGAUGAUAAUGAAGAUCCAGAUAUUGGUGGUGAAAGAGACAAAGUAGAUGCAGCUAAAAUGCAUUCAUGUAAUAAUACUUUUAUCAGAAUAUCUUUAUCAUAAAUGGAAUCUUUUAUAUUAUAUUAAUUUAUUAUAUUUUAGAUGAUGUUCAAUCACCCAUGCUGGUUGUUGAUGACCUAGUUAAAAAGUUUAGUUUUAAAUUUACUGGUGUUCGAGGUAUAAGUUUUGCAGUAGAUCCCGGUGAAUGUUUUGGCUUAUUAGGUGUUAAUGGUGCUGGUAAAACUACUACAUUCAAAAUUUUGACUGGAGAUAUAUUACCUUCCAAAGGUGAUGCUUUUAUUCAGACAGAUAAAUUAUACAAACUUAGCUCUGAUAUAAAUAAGGUAAAUAAUAAAAUAUAAAUUUUAAAAUACAACAAUCUGAUAAAUAUGUGUAUAAGUAUGAUUGUAUAGUAUGUUUCUAUGAUUGGUUACUGUCCUCAAUUUGAUGCAAUCAACGACCAACUUACUGGGAGAGAAACUUUAAAUUUAAUGGCUAUUUUGAGAGGGAUAUCACCAUUGAGUUCUAAAAAACAUGUUGAUAAAUGGAUUAAACUCUUGGGUAAGAAUAAUACACUUGUUUACAUUUUGAAAAAAUUAUUUUAUUUUUUUUUGUAACAUUAUUUUAGGUCUAGAUGAAUAUAAGGAUAGACUUAGUGGAAUAUACAGUGGGGGCAAUAAAAGAAAAUUAAACACAGCGAUGGCAUUGAUUGGAGAUCCCCCAGUUGUGUUUUUGGACGAACCUACUAGUGGAGUAGAUCCAGUUUCUAGGCGUAAUUUAUGGCAAUUAUUGGCUGCCAGUCAAAGAGGUGGACAAGCUGUUGUACUUACAUCCCAUAGGUUGUAACAAUUACAUAAUAAUGUAAUUAUAGAUAUUAUUAAUUGUUUUAUUUUAUUCUAGUAUGGAUGAAUGUGAAGCUCUUUGCAAUCGUUUGACAAUUAUGGUGGAUGGUGUAAUGAAAUGUAUUGGCAAUAUACAGUAUUUGAAAAAUCGUUACGGGCAAGGUUUUACUGUAAUGGUAAAAUUAUGUAAUAGCAAAAACACAAAUGUAACUGAAUUAAAAGAAGAUAUAGUUCGCCAGUUUGCUCCACACAUAGUCUUAAAGGAUGAACAUAAGGUAAAAAAGUUUGGUAUCAUGAUUUUAAUCUGUUUUUGAAAUAUAAUGAUUUAUUCUUUAGCUUGCAAUUUUAAUAUAAUAGUAUACAUUUUAGCCAUACCCAAAAUAUUUAUAUUUAAUGUUAAAUUAAGAUUUAAACUGUAUGAAGUUUUCUAAACAAGACUAACGGAUUGUCUCAUCUCGAAUAUCUGCGGGGAAAACAGGUUAUGGGAGGUACACUGGCACAUGAUAUUUGCAGAUGAUAUAUUAUAUAGCUUUGGUAGGAGACAAUUUGAAAGAAGUUAAUAAUAGGCUUGAGGAAUGAAGAGUAGUACUUGAAGGAAAAGGACUAAGGAUAGGUAGAUGUAAAAUAAGUAUGAGUUUAGAGAGACAGGGAAAGACAGCUAACAAGAAUAAGCAGUUAUAGGCAAGGUUGAGGGUUUUAAGUAUCUAGGAUCUUUUGUACGUACAAAUGAAUGGUGGUUUUUAUGAGGAUAUGAAACAUAGGAUUAAGUGUGUUGGAUAAAGUGGAGAGAAACAUUGUAUUUUAUGUGGCAAGAGGAUUCUAAUGAAACUCAAAAGUAAUUCUACAAAAGUGUGGUGAGACUGACUAUAUUUUAUGCAUUGUAUUGUAUAUUGUAUGUUUCAGAGUGUUGGGUGGAAGAAUAGAACUGAGAAUGAGCAGAUAUUGUAAAAAUGUUUUAGUAGAUCAGUUCAGUAAUGAGAGAAAAUAAGACAAGUGAAGAGUACAUAAAAUAUUGUUUAAGUGUGGCUUCAACUAGACAAAAUGAAAAAAGAUAGCCCAAGAUGAGUUGGAUAUGUCACAAGGAGAGAUGAAUCUGAAGCAGUAAGAAUUGUAAUGUAAAUAAACAUAGGAGAAAAGAGUUAGAGAGGAAAACACAAAGAAGUGGCUUGUGAUAUGAUUAAGAAUGAUAUGUGGACAGCCAGUGUAUGCGAGGUGGGAGAUUGGGUCAAAUGAAAGUUUGGAAUGAGGGUAAUUAGAAUUUUAUAAGUAAAACUAGUAAUUUGUCAACAAUUCUGAUUGUAAAGCAUUAUUCAGAGUUACUAUCUUCAAACAGUAACUUCGACCAACUUGGAUGUUCAGUUCAAUUCUCAUUCAGUAAUUUGAUCAGUUUAUUAUUUAUUGUUACUGGAUUAUUUGCUACAUCUAUAAUGUGUUUGUUAUUAUAUCAGCAGUCAUGAUCCAUGUUCAUGAAACAUAUAUAUUUUAUUCUGAUAAAAUCAAAUAAUUUUAUAUGCAAGAAGUAGAAAAAAAAUAGUAUUUUGUUAUUACUUUAAAUUCACUAAAACAAAAAAUAGACAUACUUUGCAUGAUAGGCCACUGCUGUAGGUGAGAGUUGGGAAGGUAGAGGGGAAAUUUAUUGUAUAUCUAUGUGCAAAGAUUAAUCAUUGUUAAUGAAAAACGAUUUUGAACAGAAUUUGCUAAUUUAAGUUUUGAAAGGUCAUAAACUCAUAUUAUAAAUAAUAUAAUUUGUACAUUUUCCGGUUUUUCACUAUAUAUUAUGAAAAUGCAUGGAAAGAUCAGAAACAGUGCUACACUUGAAAAUCAAAGCAAAAUUUCUAGUAGAACAAUUGUUAACAGAAAACAAAAAUAUCAAUGAAAAAACAUUGUGAAUUUAUAUCUUUUAUAUUAUAAUUGAUGACUAAUGAAAAAUUAAAUUCAAAAUUAUAAUACUGUAUACUAUUUAAUUUAUUAUUUUAUCAAUUAAUUCUUUAAUUAUUAUUAUUUUAGGGAUUGUUACAUUAUCAUAUUACUAGCCCUCGUAUUCCAUUGUCUGAGAUAUUUGGCCAGAUGAAAGUUAUUAAAGAAAAUUACGAUGCUGUAGAAGAUUUUACUGUUGGUGACACCACACUGGAACAAGUAUUCAUAGCAUUUGCCAAAAGACAAGCAGUUUUGAAUGUAGCCUAAUAAGAAUCACACUCAUUCUCUUCAAAUAAUGAAUUAUUUAUUUAAUUUAUGUGAUAUUCUUCUUAUGGUUAUUUUAUUAUUAUUUGCACAGUUCCUUUAAUAUCGUAUGAGUAUAAAAUUGUUGAGCGUAUUAUUUUUUUUAUAUUUUAGAUAUAUUUAAUAUUAAAAUUGUUAAAAUUUGAUUUUUCUAACAAAAUUGCAUGUUAUAAAUGACUUGAUUUUGUCUAAAUAAAUUUAAUUGUUAUAAAUUAGUUAAUAUCUUUACAGCAGACUAUAGCUUUUAAUAUCUAGUAAUAUAUAUUUCUUUAAAUAUUAAUGUUUUUAUAAUAUAAUUAACUACACAUUUUUAAUGAUUAUAAAAAUAUGUACAAUUAUUUAGUAACUGAUUUAAAUGGCUAAACUAAUCUUUAAAAUAUUAAUUCUAAAUACUAUAUUGUUUGAAAUGUUUAAUUUUGUACAUAAUAAUAUAUAACUUAUUUAUUUAUACUGGUUGAAGUG